GGGCGCGGCGGUUGCUCCUGUUGCGCAUGCGCGCGGGUCCCGCCGUGCCGGGCGCAGCCGGAAGGCCGCGGCGGCGGCGGCCGGAAGCGGGGCGGGCGCUGGAGGCUUCCAGAAGCGGCCGGUGGCGGCGGCGGGGCCCGGGGCGGCCGCGCCAUGGUGGACUAUAGCGUGUGGGACCACAUCGAGGUCUCGGACGAUGAGGACGAGACUCACCCCAACAUCGACACCGCCAGUCUCUUCCGAUGGCGGCAUCAGGCUCGGGUGGAGAGGAUGGAGCAAUUCCAGAAGGAAAAAGAGGAGCUGGAUAAAGGCUGCCGGGAAUGCAAACGGAAACUCGCCGAGUGCCAGAAGAAGAUGAAGGAGCUGGAAGUGUCGGCUCCGGAAAGCGGGAAGGGGGAGCUGGAAAAGCUCCAGGCCGAGGCCCAGCAGCUCAGGAAGGAAGAGAAAAGUUGGGAGAAGAAACUGGAGGAGCUGAAGAAGAAGGAGAAGAACCUGCCUUGGAAUGUGGACACGCUCAGCAAGGAUGGCUUCAGCAAGAGCGUCUUCAAUGUCAAACCAGAGGAGAAGGAGGAAACGGAGGAGCAGAAGGAGAAGAAACACAAAACCUUUGUGGAGAGACACGAGAAGCAGAUCAAACACUUUGGGAUGCUGCGGCGUUGGGAUGACAGCCAGAAGUACCUCUCGGAUAACCCUCACUUGGUGUGCGAGGAGACGGCCAACUACCUGGUGAUCUGGUGCAUCGACCUGGAGGUGGAGGAGAAACAUGCCCUGAUGGAGCAGGUCGCCCACCAGACCAUCGUCAUGCAGUUCAUCCUCGAGCUGGCCAAGAGCCUCAAGGUGGACCCCAGGGCCUGUUUCAGGCAGUUCUUCACCAAAAUCAAGACAGCUGACCAGCAGUACAUGGAGGGCUUCAAUGACGAGCUGGAGGCCUUCAAGGAGCGGGUGCGCGGCCGGGCCAAGGUUCGCAUUGAGAAGGCCAUGAAGGAGUAUGAAGAGGAGGAGAGGCAGAAGCGCCUGGGUCCUGGGGGGCUCGACCCCGUCGAGGUCUAUGAGUCCCUCCCACCCGAGCUGCAGAAAUGCUUCGAUGUCAAAGAUGUGCAGAUGCUACAAGAUGCCAUCAGCAAAAUGGAUCCAACUGAAGCCAAGCACCACAUGCAGCGCUGCAUCGACUCGGGCCUCUGGGUCCCCAACGCCAAGAGCGGGGAAGGAGCCGGGAAAAGCGGCGCCGACGGCUCCGAAGAGAAAGCGAAGAAGGAAAACGGGGGCGAGGAGGAAGGAAACGCGUGAGCUGGGGGGGGGGGGGGGGAAGCGCCCCCCCCGAGGGAGAACGCGGAUGCGAAAGAGGAAAAGCGGAGGGGAAGGAGCCACAAAGAGGAGGGAAGGGGCCCCCCCGGCCCUCGCCUGCGCUUCACAUAGAGACUUUGGGGGGAACAGUUGGGGGGGGAGGGUUUGGGGCCUUCCCCCCCCCAAAAGGGGGUGGUUUGGGGGCGGGGGAGGGUGGUUGUGGUGAAUAAAGAGAUUGGAGAA